CGCUCCGCCCGGCCUGGUAGCCCAGCCCAGCGCUAGUCCGGCUGCGGGUCGUACCCGCCUCGGGGACCUGCGGGGCGCGCUAGAUGAAGACGAGCAAUUUGGACUUCUGACCUUCUACCAGGAAAGAUGAGAUGAGCAAGCCCUUCAGAAUGCUGCUAAGGUCGAAGCUGAACUGACGCAUGAGAGAAGAGAUGCUGGUUUGAGGGGAGUCCCCGGCAUGCAGUAGAGACUGGCUUGGGGAGAUGUCAGCGUGGACCAUGGGCACCCGCGCUCUGGACAAGCGAGGAAGUUUCUUUAAGCUCAUUGACACCAUUGCCUCGGAGAUCGGAGAACUGAACCAGGAGAUGGUGCACACCGAUGUCAGCUUGGAGAACGGCCUGGGACCUCCUGAAACCCACAGCAUGGUCAGACACCAGGAAGACCCCUGCCCAGAGGAUGAGGAAGCAAAGGGCCGCCCACGAGACUCCGGCUAUGAGAGCCUGUCUGGCCAGCUCAGCAUCCUGGACCGGCUCCUGCACACACACCCUGUCUGGCUGCAGCUGGGCCUGAGUGAGGAGGAGGCGGCCAGAGUCCUUCAGGCCCAGCCACCCGGGAUCUUCCUCGUACGCAAGUCUGCCAAGAUGCAGAGGAAAGUGCUGACCCUGCGUCUGCCCAGCGAGUUCGAAGUCCCGCUCAGGGAGUUCACCAUCAAGGAGAGCACAUACACCUUUUCCCUGGAAGGCUCAGGAAUCAGCUUUGCAGAUUUAUUCCGGCUCAUCGCCUUCUACUGCAUUAGCAGGGACGUCCUACCGUUCACCCUGAAGUUGCCUUAUGCCAUUUCAGCAGCCAAGACUGAGGCUCAGCUUGAAGAACUGGCCCAGCUGGGACUAAAUUUUUGGAGCUCCUCCGCUGACAGCAACCCCCCCAACCCUCCACCUCCCCAUAGGCCUCCCCCCGCCGACGGCCUCUGCCCGGGCCCCUGGCGCCAGCUCUGCCUCAUCAACGGGGUGCACGCCAUCAAGCCCAGGACGCCCUCGGAGCUGGAGUGCAGCCAGACCAACGGGGCCCUGUGCUUCAUUAACCCGCUCUUUCUGCAAGUGCACAGCCAGGACCUGGGGGCUGGCCCAAAGCGGCCAAGCGCAAGAACUCCACCGGCCAAUGGCUCUGAGAGGCCUCGGUCCCCACCGCCCCGGCCUCCACCACCCGCCCUUCAGAGUCCGCACACUAGCCCUGGGCUGUCUGGGACUGACACUCAGCUGGGCAUGCCACAGACAGUGGGCCCUGACACGCAGGAGAAUGUAGCCAAGCUGGGAAGAAAACCAACCCCCAUCCCUCCACCCCGGCUGAAGAAGCAGGCUUCUUUCCUAGAGGCGGAGAACAGUGCCAAGACCUUGAGUGCCCAGCCCCUAGUCCGGGGCCAGGAGCUGGAGCUGGAGCAGGGCACAGCUGGCAGCGCAGGUGGGGCCCCGCCCGCAGACUGUUGCACAAGGGCCCAGCCUCCUCCCACCUCUGCAGCCCGGCCCCCGUGCCAUGGGGGCAGGCAGAGGCUGAGCGACAUGAGCAUUUCCACUUCCUCCUCUGACUCGCUGGAGUUCGAGCGGAACAUGCCACUGGACAGCUAUGAGGGGGACACGAACAGCAGCCUGGAGGACUACGAGGGCGAGAGUGACCAGGAGACUAUGGCGCCCCCCAUCAAGUCCAAGAAGAGCAGGCACAGCUCCUUCGUGCUGCCCAAGCUGGUCAAGUCACAGCUGCGCAAGAUGAGCGGUGUGUUUAGCUCCUUCAUGACCCCUGAGAAGCGCAUGGUGCGCAGGAUUGCGGAGCUGUCUCGGGACAAGUGCACCUACUUCGGCUGCCUGGUGCAGGACUAUAUCAGCUUCCUGAUGGAGAACCGAGAGUGCCAUGUGUCCAGCACAGACAUGCUGCAGACCAUCCGGCAGUUCAUGACCCAAGUCAAGAACUACCUGGCCCAGAGCUCUGAGCUGGACCCCCCCAUCGAAUCGCUAAUCCCCGAGGACCAAAUCGACGUGGUGCUGGAGAAGGCCAUGCACAAGUGCAUCCUGAAGCCACUCAAGGGACAUGUGGAGGCCAUGCUGAGGGACUUCCACGUGGCCGAUGGCUCAUGGAAGCAGCUCAAGGAGAACCUGCAGCUUGUGCGGCAGCGGAACCCACAGGAACUGGGAGUCUUCGCCCCAACGCCUGACCUGGUGGAUGUGGAGAAAAUCAAGGUCAAAUUCAUGAUGAUGCAGAAGAUGUAUUCGCCCGAGAAGAAGGUGAUGCUGCUGCUGCGGGUGUGCAAGCUCAUCUACACGGUCAUGGAGAACAACUCAGGGAGGAUGUACGGCGCCGACGACUUCCUGCCCGUCCUGACCUACGUCAUUGCUCAGUGCGACAUGCUGGAGCUGGACGUGGAGAUCGAGUACAUGAUGGAGCUGCUCGACCCGUCGCUGCUGCACGGAGAAGGAGGCUACUACCUGACCAGCGCCUAUGGAGCCCUGUCCCUCAUAAAGAACUUCCAGGAGGAGCAGGCAGCGCGGUUGCUCAGCUCAGAGACAAGGGACACACUCAGGCAGUGGCACAAGCGGAGGACUGCCAACCGGACCAUCCCUUCCGUGGACGACUUCCAGAAUUACCUCCGGGUGGCCUUCCAGGAGGUGGGCAGCGGCUGCACGGGCAAGACACUGCUGGUGCGGCCCUACGUCACCACUGAGGACGUGUGCCAGCUCUGCGCUGAGAAGUUCAAGGUGGGCGACCCCGAGGAGUACAGCCUCUUCCUCUUUGUGGACGAAACAUGGCAGCAACUGGCAGAGGACACAUACCCUCAAAAAAUCAAGGCUGAGUUGCACAGCCGACCACAACCCCAUGUCUUCCACUUCGUCUACAAGCGCAUCAAGAGCGAUCCUUAUGGUGUCAUCUUCCAAAACGGGGACAAAGACCUCAGCCCUUCAUAGAGGGCACAUGGAACUUUGGGGUGAUGCACCCCACAGGUUGCUGGGAGCCCAGGCUGGCUGCCUUGCCAUGGGCUGGGGCUUGGAUGGCAGUCACCUUCUCCAGAACCUCUUGGAUUGGGGACUAAGCCAUCCCCAGGCUGACUAGGCCAAGAGCAGCGUUCAGUGUGUUACCCAGGAAACAACCCAGCAGGUUCUCUUUGGUAAUGGAGAAUCGAAUUUGAUGGUUCGAGUGUCCUGAGGUGGCCAUUCAGGGCUGGCUGACAUGCAUGGGCAUGUGCUGGGUGACACGUAAGGUACACACUCUCCUGCGUUCCUUAGCAGGUGUUUGACAAGACUGUCCAGUGCAGUGCGUCAGGUACUCCUCAGGUCUGUAAGCGGCUCCAUCCUUCCUUACUUUUCUCCUUUUUUCUUUUUCUUUUUUUUUUUUUUUUAUAAAGAACCUUUGUGUUUUUAUAUAUUUCAUAGAAAUUUUUAUAGCAGUUGCAGGUAAACUGUCAGGAUGGGUUUUUAAAAUAUUUUUGUAACUUUAAAAUAUUCUAUAAUUAUGCAUGUGAUUUUAACAUUUAAUAUUCAAAAAGAAAUCUCUUGCUGGAUUUGAGAGUAUUGCGUUUUAAAAGUCUCUCCUCUGUAACUGGGCGUUCAGGCAACUUUUGAAGGAGAGACAGCUGGAUUUCUUAAAGCAAUGUAAUUCCUGACACUGGCCAUAGAAUGCCUUUGGAAAUAGAUGUACUGUCAUCUUGGUCACAUGUAGUGGUGUUGUGCUUGCUGUUUUGUGUUGUGUUUUGUUUCAAACAAGUAAUGCUGAAAAUACAGAGAGAAAUGAAUGUAGAGAGAGGCCGAGAGAGAAAUAUAGAGUCUGACAAAAGGCGGAGGAAUGUAGUCUACCGGCUCAGGCUCCUUGAAGGCCGUAGAGAAAAGAGGCAGAAGGGAUCUUAAACUAUGCUCCGAAUACUGUAGAUAUGCAAUGAGAUGUGGUGAAAAAUCUAUUCCAUAUGUUUUCCCCUCUUAGGAAAGCAAUUUUGAAAGCCCCACAAAGGAAGGAGAAAAAAAAAAAAGGAACACUUUUCCCCCCAUUUUCAAUAAAUCAAAACUAACAGCAUGUAGUUAUUUUGGGCAGAAACCAAGUAGUACAAAUCGUGGCUCUUGCUGCCUUCGGUAAGGUGCUUCUGGGAAGGACUGGGACACUCCCCAGAAAACCCAUCUGCCUUAGAAUGCGGAGCCGAGGGUGUGGCUCAGCCAGUUCCAACCUCAGCCUUGCCCCACCCCCCAAAAAAAGAAAACAGUAUGGUGAAAUUAGAUCUAUGUUUUAUAAAAACCAGGCGUACAGACUAGAGGGUCAUGUAUCAAUGUAUCCCAGGUAGAGACAGCGACACAUUCCUGUAGCUGUGCGGGCCACAUCAUCCUCCAGCUUGAUGGGGUUUGGACCUUGUGCUUUUGCCAGUCCUGGGUUCUGUUGAGCAAGAACCUUCAGUGCAUUCUGUGUUGUACUUCCUUUUGUAAAUGAUUUUUUUUUAAAUGGCAAUUUGCACAUAAUACCUUGUAAUACUGUACAGUAAUCCUGUGUUAAAAUAAUGUUUGCAAUGUUC